AAAAAAAAACGCAACACUUAACAUUGACAAUAACAUUAAGGUUGGUUCCUGCUGAUUGGAAAUGCAGCAUAUGGUUUGGCAAUAAAGGACAGAGGAGAGAAGUAUCAAUCCCUAAAGCACUGAAGCAUCGCUGGAAUUUGAUAGAGGAAGAUGGGCGUCACAAUGCUUCUGGUACUCUUACUCAUCCAAACCACUGAAGCCACGCUGAGGAACAUGUCUAUCGCAGGCUGUCACAUCAUCAAGCCCCCUCGUGAUGGAGGGAUUCGGUAUCGAGGUCUGUCUCAGGAGCAGAUCCGCAGAGUGCAGAUCCUGCCGGUGGAUUAUGAGAUCGAGUAUAUCUGCCGGGGGGAGCGGAUCAUCUCCGGGCCCAAAGUGCGCAAGUGUCUGGAGAACGGGAGCUGGACUGACAUGAGCAAGGAGAGCCGCUGCCUUCACCCAUGCCCUCGUGUGUGGCUGUCUCUGGAGAAUGGACAGGUCCAGUCUGAUCUCUCUGAGCUGGAUCGCUCCCCAGUCGAAGGCACCCAGCUCUCCUAUCACUGUGACCCCGGGUUCAGACUGCUUGGGGCCAACUCCAGCACCUGCACCAAGAUCGGCAAGUGGGACAAUCCCAAACCAGUCUGCCAAUAUGAUCGCCACUACACUGGCCAGGCACGCUCAGGUAAGAAGACCCUCUAUAUCGGAGCCCUGUUCCCCAUGAGCGGGGGUUGGCCUGGCGGACAAGCCUGCCUGCCUUCGGCCGAGAUGGCGCUGGAACACGUCAAUCGGAGAGCAGAUAUCUUACCGGACUACGAGCUCAAACUCAUCCACCACGACAGCAAAUGUGACCCGGGGGAAGCCACUAAGCUCCUGUACGAGUUGCUCUAUAAAGACCCCAUCAAGAUUGUGCUGAUGCCUGGCUGCAGCUCGGUCUCUACCCUGGUAGCUGAAGCUGCGAGAAUGUGGAAUCUCAUUGUGCUCUCGUACGGCUCCAGCUCCCCAGCCCUCUCUAACCGGCAGCGCUUCCCCACGUUCUUCCGCACUCACCCCUCGGCCACGCUGCACAACCCCACUCGAGUGCAGCUCUUCAAGAAGUGGAACUGGAGCAAGAUCGCCACCAUCCAGCAGACGACAGAAGUCUUCACUUCAACUCUGGAUGAUUUGGAGGACAGAGUGAAGAAGGCAGGGAUUGAACUCAGUGUCAGACAGAGCUUCCUUUCAGAUCCUGCCGUGGCUGUGAAGAAUCUCAAGCGACAAGACGCCCGGAUAAUCGUGGGACUGUUUUAUGAAACAGAAGCUCGCAAAGUGUUCUGUGAGGUUUUCAAGGAGAAGCUUUAUGGUAAGAAGUACGUCUGGUUUCUGAUUGGGUGGUACGCCGACAACUGGUUUAAGAUCAAUGACCCAUCAAUCAACUGCACGGUGGAGAACAUGACCGAGGCUGUCGAGGGUCAUGUGACAACGGAGAUUGUGAUGCUGAACCCUGAGAUUGUGCGUGGAGUGUCUGACCUGACCUCAGAGGAUUUCCUGGAUAAGAUGAUGGCUCGUCUGGGGGUCAUGAACCCUGAGGAGACAGGGGGGUUCCAGGAGGCUCCGCUGGCUUACGACGCGGUAUGGGCCCUCGCCCUGGCCCUAAACAAGACUGCCGGGGAGCUGGCAAAGAGGGGAUUACGGCUGGAGGACUUCAACUACAACAACAAGAACAUCACGGGAGAGAUCUACAAAGCCAUGAACACCUCCUCCUUCAUGGGGGUCUCUGGUCACGUUGUGUUCGAUGCCCAGGGUUCUAGAAUGGCCUUGACUCUGAUUGAGCAGCUUCAAGGUGGAAUUUACAAGAAAAUAGGAUACUUUGACAGUUCCAAAGGAAAUCUCACCUGGUAUGGAAAUGACAAGUGGAUUGGUGGGAGUCCUCCCGCUGACCGGACAGAACUCAUUGUGGAAUAUCGAUUACUGUCUCAGAAGCUUUUUGUGUCUGUAGCUGUAUUCGCAGGCUUUGGAAUUCUGUUCGGAAUAAUCUGCCUCACUUUCAACAUCUACAACAGCAGCGUGCGGUACAUCCAGAACUCCCAGCCCUACCUCAACAACAUGACUGCUGUGGGCUGUAUGCUAGCCCUGGCUGCUGUCUUUCCACUAGGAUUAGACAGGAAACACAUUGCCCAGGGCCAGUUCCCCUUCAUCUGCCAGGCUCGUCUCUGGCUUUUAGGACUGGGGUUCAGCCUGGCUUACGGCAGCAUGUUCACAAAGAUCUGGUGGGUCCACACGGUCUUCACAAAGAAGGAUGAGAAAAAGGACAAGCGUAAGCAGCACUUGGAGCCCUGGAAGCUCUAUGCUACAGUUGGGGUUCUGUUGGCCAUAGAUAUCUUGUCUCUGAUGAUCUGGCAGAUUGUGGAUCCCCUUCACAUCACUGUAGAGGAGUUCACUAAAGAGGCACCCAAAGGUGAUCUCGAUGUGUUGAUCCAGCCUUUACUUGAGCACUGCAACUCAGAGAAGAUGAACACAUGGCUGGGCGUGGUGUAUGGAUACAAGGGUCUGCUGCUUCUGCUGGGAAUCUUUCUGGCUUACGAGACCAAGAGUGUGUCCACUGAGAAAAUCAAUGACCACCGCGCUGUCGGCAUGGCCAUCUACAAUGUAGCGGUCCUGUGUAUGAUCACAGCCCCAGUCACAAUGAUCCUGAACAGUCAGCAGGAUGCAGCUUUUGCCUUUGCAGCGCUGGCUGUCAUCUUCUCAGUCUACAUCACCCUAGUUGUGCUCUUUGUCCCCAAGAUGAGGCGUUUGAUCACUCGGGGAGAGUGGCAGUCCGAGCAGCAGGACACCAUGCGCACUGGCUCCUCCACCAACAACAACGAUGAGGAGAAAUCCAGACAGCUGGAGAAAGAGAACCGCGAGCUGGAGAAGAUCAUAGCAGAGAAGGAGGAACGCGUCUCUGAACUCCGUCACCAACUCUCUGAGAGAAAGCAGCUCCGAUCUCGCCACCGCCCCUCGGCCAAUGAGAACCAGGCCCCUCUGGAGAACCACCAAUCGCAGCACUUCUCCAACUCCAAUCAGGCCCCUGUCCCCUCCCUAUACCAGCCCACAGGCCGCCCAGCGCCCCUCGCAGACAAAAUCACUCGUAAUAACUGCCAUGGCAGUCGUCUCCACCUGCUCUACAAGUGAGCCAAAACCAGGCCAAAAUAGGGUAACAUGUAAUGUAUGCUGUCUGAAAAAAUCUAAAUAUAGCUAUCACUAUAUAUUUUUUUCAGGGUUUCUACAAGCAAAUUUGUUGUUAACAUUAGAAAAAAAGUAUUGGCCAAAGUGAGUUAAAGUGGUCUGACUUGUGCUAAAGUGGGCCAAAGUGGGCUAACUAGUCAUUUUAUUCCCCAUGAAGGUCAGAAGUAUGUUUGUCAGGUCAUCUGUAAACAAAUAUGAAAAUGCACACCCCCUAGAAAAGUUCUUAAUGGAGUCGUCACAAACGGGGGGUGCUGUAGUAGGCCAAAAAGGACUAAAGAGGUCUGAAGUGGUCCAACUUUAGAAAUGUCUUGUCAGAAAUAUAUCCAGCUUAUACAAUGUUGAAUUUGCAAGUACUGUAUUUUAGAAAAUCUAUAAACAUUGAAUGCAUUUGUACAGUUUGUCUACUUGACUGCAUCCUUUGUAUUUCAAAUGAUUUUCAGCUAGAAAGUGAUGAUUUGCUGUUGGAUACACUCCAGAGUACAUGCCUGUUGCACUGUAAUGCCACUGUACUUGCAUUUGUUUAAUUAUUUCAUUCAAAAUGAUAUGAUUGGAUAAACAAGGUGGAGAUUGCAUUGGCCCUAGAGCUCCUAUGGUUUGGGGAGGUCACUCCAACAUCUGGUGAGCUCAGACUGGCAGGGCUGGGCUUUAUCCUCCAGGGGGCAGUAGGGGGCGAUGGUCGGGAGGAUCAGAGCUGUUCAUCUGUUGUCCUGGGCAAUUUGAAUUGGGGAUAAACGGGCAAAAUAAAUGGAUAUAAUGUUUUAUUGUUUCAGUAUAAUAAUUGAAAUACUGUAGUUAAAAAUGUGUCAUUGUAGCUAACAAAGUAAUUCCACAAAUCUGACUUCCAUUCUCUAUAUAGGUCUCAGGUGUGCAGUUUUGAAACGAUAGCAAAACAUUUGGUACUACACUCAAACCUCUGUUUGCAAGCCUUGCUUUGAAGGCAGUCCUGCACUUCCUUGGUCAUUUCACCUGGAGAGGGACAUUGUCCCCACCCCGUCAGUGUCUUCUUUCCUGUCAGGAACCAAUUAGCUGCUUCCUCUGUUGACUGACAAUGCUUUCAGCCAGUAAGCUGGCCCAGGAAGUGAAGCAGUAACCAACUGCACUCUUGUGAAGAUAAAAGGAUUGAAAAUAAAAACACAUGUAUAUUUCAUAAUCACAUAUUGAAAACCUGUGUAAGAUGUAUGGAUAUAUUUGCUCUGCAGCAACCACUUUAUAAUUGGUCAGGAUUGGUUACUUCUACAAGUUUUAGAGCUCUGUCUUGCUUUCUUUCUCUAUAAAUAUCAUGGUAUCUCUUGCACCCCUCUGAAAAUCCAUGCAAAAGGUUUUCAUGCGCCACAAAUUCAAGAGCACUUGAGGUGGGGCAUUUAAUCCAUGUAAAUACAUGAAUACCCUUUCUUAGGCUAAAGUUACUGGGGCUGUUGUGAAGAUACAGACAGGGCUGGCAUGAAGUAGCUUGACUUAUAACCACACACACACACUGUCCUAUAGAUCUGGCUGACACGGAGCGUUGAAUAUUGCUACUUUAAUAGUUCAUUUAAGAGUGCUGACUUUCUUCUCUCGUGCUAGAUAUUUCAAAUGCUACAAGAGAAAAUAGCUGCAAAUGUCAUUUGAAUUGUUUUAUGUUGGUCUUACUGUUGUAGAGUGCUUGCAGUCUUUCUGUGUUUCCAUGGUUCUGUGUUCUUCAUUUUCUCUAAGUCUGCCUUCACCUGGGUUUGAGCUGCUCCGAGCUUGUGUGGAGAAUCCUAGGUACCAGGACUGAACAACCUUCUUCGUUCCAUUCAAAUCAUUUGGCAAUGCGACCUAACUCUGCCAGCCCCACCCACUUUACAGAGACAGAGAGAGCAGGUGUCAGAGUUUACAUUGUCAUAUGAAAGGCAGUUCAGUGCCUGGCAGCAGACAGGUAAAGGCAGAUUUACAGAACAGCGAAGAUUCAGUAUUAGAGCAACAGAACCACUCAGAAUGAUUGUAAUUGAAAUAGUAAGAGAAAUGUAAAAUUUAAAAAAAGCAAUUCAGGUGACAUUUGCAACUUAUUUUUUAACUUUAUGGUAUGUGCUUUAGUAGCGCCACCAUGUGGUCUUUUGUAAAUUGCAUUAUUGUGUUCUGGACCAUUUGUUUUCUCCUUAGCGACUUUAUUCCAGCCCUGUAUAUAUACAGUGUAUAUUAAAAGAAACUAACACAAUUCUAUGAGAAAUGUUUGAUUAGAAA